CAAAACUGAACUUCGCCCGGGUCGGAUCCUAUUUUACGCCGGAUCCAAAUUCGGGUUGGGCCUUUUGCGGGUCGACUCUGCAAAUUGAAAUGAAAAUCAGUUAGAAGUUCCGAAUAGUUCGUUAAUGGCUGGCUGGGAGAGAAAAGAAUGUAAAAAUAGACCCAAAAUGUUAUUCCAAAAUCAAAGUGAAGAGAGAGAGAGAGAAAGGGAAAUGAAUACAAGAGAGAGGGAGCGAGAUCUAGAGCUUUUGAUCCCAGUCGCUACAGUUUCUGAAAAUGGAGCCUCCAAAUCUUCCUCCGUUCCCGCUGCCACUUUAUCCAAUCAUCACUCCGGCCGUGAGGCUUUUGCUAAAGUCAUUCGCAGCUGGGCUUCCAAGAAGUUCAUGACAGGAUGUGUAAUUCUUCUACCAAUUGCUAUUACAUUCUACAUCACUUGGGGAUUCAUUCGUUUUGUUGAUGGUUUCUUCUCUCCAAUAUAUAAUCACUUAGGGAUCAAUAUUUUUGAAAUUUCUGCAGGGCUUGGGUUUAUUACAUCCAUCACAUUCAUCUUUCUUGUUGGUAUUUUCAUGUCAUCUUGGUUGGGGGCUUCUGUUCUUACUAUUGGUGAAUGGUUCAUUAAGAAAAUGCCACUUGUAAGCUAUAUUUACACGGCCUCAAAGCAAAUUAGUACUGCAAUUUCACCAGAUCAAACUUCAAAUGCCUUCAAGGAAGUAGCAAUUAUCAGGCACCCCCGAGCUGGCGAAUAUGCUUUUGGAUUCAUCACUUCCUCCGUUGUUCUUCAGAGCAGAAUGGAAGAGGAAGAACUUUAUUGUGUUUAUGUCCCUACUAAUCAUCUCUAUCUUGGAGACAUAUUUCUUAUGAGUUCCAAGGAUAUUCUGAGGCCUAAUCUCUCUGUCCGAGAGGGAAUUGAAAUUGUGAUCUCUGGAGGGAUGUCAGUGCCUCAAAUACUAACGACAGUGGAUGCAAGAGCAAUUCCAACAAGUGGAAGCGAAAAACUUUGCAAAACCAAAAGUAUGGUAUGAUGAUCAGUGGGUGAAUAUAUUUCAUCCAACCAUGUGGAAAAUGGCAGUGUUUUUACAGUUUGUCAAUUCAAAACGGCAUGGAACUGAGUGUAUCUAGCCUGACAUCCAUCUUCAGUAAGUUGUAAUGGGAACAAUCUGCAAAUUGGAAGUAGCUCAAAUUCUUUAGGAAACAAACAGGAAGAAAUAUUACCAUACGUUAAUCUUUUUCCAGAUCCAUGAUUUGGUUGUUCAGAGCUUUCACCUUUUUAGAAGUGGAGCUAAUUUCUCCCUUUAUUUUUCAGUUGUAUAUGUUGACCCAUGUUCCUUGUGACAUGGCAAUUUUGUUUUCUAGUUCACCAAGAUUCUUUCUUAACUUUGAUUAGAAAAACCAUGAAAUUGGUUUAUGCAUACAACUUGAAACUGGAGCUCUCACAUCUCAAAAUUAUAUAACUAGA